AUGAAUUUUAACUCAAAUCUGAUCCCAACUGCCCAAAUGGAUCAAGUCUACAUCCCUCCUGCAGCCCCAAGUAAUCCACCGCCACAAGGGUUUGAUCAGGUGAAUUUCAAUACUAAUUUAAUCCCACCGCUGACUUCUUUUCCCAUAUCAUCUAUGAAUUCAUCUGCAUAUAAUCUGCCGCAACCGGUAUGGUUGUCAAUGGAAUACCAUCAGCCUCAACUGGUUGAUCAUCAGCAACAAUUUAUCAAACAGGAAGAUACUUCCAUGUUCAUCAAUGGUGGCCCAGCGGCUCCACAGUUUUUCAACGCGCAGCCAUUAAUCAGAACUUAUGUGGAUACAACAGUAAUUAAUGGGCUGCCAAAACUCUGUGGAAUGACCAAUGGGAAUCAGUUUGGUAUGUAUUCAUCCGUUCCACCGGUUCUUGAACCAGUUUCUGAGGGGUUUUCAGGAUUACCCUCUGGGCUUCAUUCACCUGAGAUGCAGGUGCCUGCAGUCGGUCAUAUCCAGUUCAUUCAAUCACUCAUGUCAGCAUUCAACUCAUCGUCCUCGCACUCGCAAGCACAGCCUCCACUACCAUGCAGUGGGCCGUUUCCAUUAAACCCUAAUCAGCCUUCAGGCUGGAUCAAUCCCUCGACAUGA